AAUUGCCUUCCUGUUUAUUGUAUGCCCUGUAUGUAACUGCAGUUCAAUAUACGGCCUUACCUAAGCACACAGGUUGCCAUUGUUGCGCUGGUAUAGGCUUGUCUUAUUGGGGCAUAUAUGUAUAUUGGUUAUUUAUUUUUUCUGUUUUUGUUUUUUUUAAGGUGGGUAAAUUAACAAGCUAAUAGUCCACCUAUUUGUGUUUAAAGUUGGACAGCCUGAGCUGAUCUCUUCGCGCUGUAAUAACAUCUCACGUGGCUCAAGUGAAAUCCGGUUGUAUCAAUCAAACCGCGGACAGGGUCCUCUUUACCCCCCAAACACGGACCGUGGCGGGGCGGGGCGCGGAGCGGUCACUGCCGGGCGGAGCCGGGGGCUGUUUGUGACUCUCCCGCACAAAGACGAGGAAACAAAACAAAGCCAGGAAGCAUGACACUAACCCGGCGGUCAUUGCUUCUACUGUAGCCCCAUCACGUCCAGAAAACAGGAAUGCUCUGACUUGCUUCUGCCUUUCAGAAACGUGUUUCCCAGACACCUCUGUGUUGUGCCGCUGCGAGAGGGGAACAACAGCACCCAUGGGUGAUGGUGAGGCAGCGUAACGCAUUACACCGUAUCUGCGUUUGAGACCGACAACGCUCCGCUGAGAGAGAUCGGUGCAGAAACUGCGGAGUUCCCGCUCCUGCUGAGUCCGCUCUCCGCGCAGACGCCGCGAUGAACGGGAGCCAGUGCAGCCCGGCGGACUGUCCGGUGAGCGGCGUCCUCUCGCUGGAGGGACUGCCGCCGCUGCCCAAGGGCCUGAGCGGCAUCCUGAACUCCAGCGGCGGGUCGUGGCGGGACAUCGAGAAGGUGAACAGCAAGAGAGCGCGCAUCCAGGCGGACAUCAGCCGGGGCGGCGGCGGCGGCGGCGACGCGCCGCGCGGUCGCGGCAAACCGGGCGGACUGGACGCUGCUCUGGCUCUGCUGCGGAAAGAGAUGGUCGGUCUGCGCCAGCUCGACAUGUCUCUGCUCUGCCAGCUGUGGUCUCUCCACGAGGCCAUCCAGGAGUACAAGGGCUGCUCGCUUCUGUCCGAGGCCUCGUUCAGCACUGAUAACGGAUACUCUGAGGAGGAGGACGAAGUGGAGGAGGAAGACGACGGGGGGACCGGAGGCAUCUCACAGCCUUCUCCGUCUUCCUCGUCCUUGUCUCUGCCUCCACCCAGCAGCAACUCCAGGGACCAGUGGAUCAAAGACUCCUUUCAGAUUUCCUGAUGAAGACACAGACUUAAGCUUCACGCACUAUGCGCCGUAGAGACUCCUUGGCGGUAUUUUCUCAAAAGUGAUGUCUCUCACUGUGCCUUUUGGUCUCAUUUACACUGGCUUUUAUGUUAUGCAUCUCUUAUCCAGGUAAUAUGUCCAGUAUAUACAGCAUGUAGCUUUGUCCACAUACAUUUUUUUUUACACUUUGCAAACUCACUGCCUGUUUGAUAGAAAAUGGGUUGCAUCUUUCUGACCUCUGACACUUUUUCAACCAAGAAUGACUUUAUUCGACAUCUUACUGGUGUGGUUUUAAAUUUUUAUCGCUUAUAAAAUAAGCAGCGACAUAUGUGGCCUUUUCACUUGCACUGGACCAAGUUCGUGCUCCGCUGCGUCUCGAGAUCGGGUUUGAAUUCGGCUUCGGUGUGUCUUGGUUACACUUGCAUUGAGCAGGAAUCUGAUUACCGUAGGUCAAGACGCAUGAAGUGGACUAUGUGGGGCCCAGUCGUAUACAGUGUUGUAAAUGUCACAUUUUUGUUGUUACACCUGUGCCCACUACAUGUCAGGAUUCGUGUUCAUUUAAAAUGUAAAAGCAUCAGGGUUUUUUUGGAUCUACACUUGAGCACCUGCCACGGUAAGAUUUGUCUUGAGCAAUUGAAUGAGUAAUAGUUCUGACCGACAUUGGUUGGUAAUUUGUAGUAUAGAAACGUUUGAAUCCCUCAUACAUGCACAGAUAGUCCUUUAUUUUCACUUCGGUCCAAUCAAUUGUCUCCACAAUACAUGCUAUUACCUGGCCGCUCAUCAGCUUUUAAACUUGCACUGCCUGGAAAUUCAACUUGCUAUGUGUUGUUUAUCGAAGCCGAAUCGAUUGAUUAAUUAAUUCUUAAUUGCAUCAUCUACGUGCUGUUACAUGCUGCUUGCGUGGCAUUAAAAAAGAGUUGGGUGGCAUUUGUUGAAGAAUUAUGACAUCCGUGAAUACAUGUGUGGACUAAAAUGGGGAUUCCACUUUUGAUGCAUCUGAUGGCUCUUUGUGGUUUAGUGAUGAUUUCAGGCUUUAAUACUCCUGUUUUGUGAGGGGAGUAGGAUCAUCUCUACUGUCGAUCGAUAACGGAUCAAUCUAUGAGCCAUUGACGUGGGACACGCAUUUUUCCUUCCAACAAUUGAAGAGAAUGUUCUUUUGAAAAAUGAGGUUUAGCUUGUUAUUCUUUCAAACCAGCCAUUUGUUAAUCUCCCAAGUCUGAACAUAUUCUGUGGAUUUGAAAACUAAAAAAAUGUAUGCACAAAUAUUCCCUGCACCCUUGUUCGAAAAUCAUAAUUUCAGACAAAGAAAGAGCAGUCAUGCGGACCCUUGGCUCUCUCUAAGUGUCUGUGUGAACCACUGGAAUACAUUUUGCUUCAUCACUAUCAUUAAUUGCUCAUGAGUUGUGCUUUUUUUUUUUUCCAGUAUUUCUAUCCAUAGGUUGUGUUUAAAUGAAAGCGAGUCUUUGACAUAAUGUCAAUCAGUUCAACUCCUUGUCACAUUUAGGACUUAGGAUAGGCAAGGGACUAUCACACACUGUGUUUUAAGAAAUAAGUGGGCACAGUCUGACUAGUGGAAAUGGUUCAACGGUCUUGUUUUAAAUCAAACAAAAUGUAUUGCAGUUUUCUAAACAGGCAAAUGGGUCAGAAUAGCCAGUGACUUACUUUUUUUCCUUUGUCUAAAUAUUAACAA